AUGAAACAACCACCACCACCAGUUGUACAAAUGUUAUAUCAAACCAAAGAUCCUAUUGAUAAGAAAAUGAAAUCUGAUGUCGUUUAUUCAAUCAAAUGUACGAAAUGUCAACAUUCAUACAUUGGUAAAACAGAAAGACAGUGUGUUAAACGAUUACAUGAACAUGGUGCACCAAAGUCAUCAUCAGAAUUAAGAAGAUCUGAUCGUUUAAAAGCAAAGUCAACAACGACGACUACAACAACAACUAUAACAACCUCAUCCGUCAUUAAAGAAAUAACAUUUGCAGUUCAACAAAAUCAAAUCGAAACAGGUCACCAAAUGAACUGGGAUAAUUUUCGUAUUGUCAUGGAAGAUAACCAUUACUAUCGAUUACUCAUUAAAGAGUCAUUAUUAAUAAAGGCUUAUGAACCAGAACUCAAUCGAACAACGCACUCUGUACCAUUAAUCGUCUUUCCUGAUGAACUACAGAAAGAGUUACUACCUAAGCCUUUCGAUAAUGAUUAA